AUGCACAACUGUACUGACAUCCCUCCGUUUCCAGACGAUAUUCCGACAGAACAACUAUCCAUAAUUGACUAUCAACUGCUUCUAGCUGGUGAACCCUCAGAGAUAGAGAAACUCUACCAUGCAGCGGCCACCCAAGGCUUCUGGUAUGUUAAGAAUCAUGGGAUGGAGUUACUCGUCAAUGCAAUGUUCAGAACCGCGGAAAAGGUACUCAACUUGCCGUUGAAGGACAAGCUAGAACUCCUGCAACGCGACCACCGAGGCGCGCAUGGCUACAAAGCAAAGGGCACCGUCCCAGUAGAUCAGCACGGCACCAGGGACAUAACCGAGUUCAUCAACAUCAGCCAGGACGACGUCCUCGCCUACCCCACCCAGGUCCACCGCACGUACCCCGCGCCGCUCCGCGAGGCAAUGGAGGACGUCGUGCAGCCGCUCGUGCGCGGCUGCGUGGCGAUGAACCUCGCGAUGCUGGCAGCACUCACCGGGAAGCUGCAGCUGCCCAACGGGACGUUGGCGCGGCUGCAUGCGUAUGCCGCGGGCGCAGAGAGCUGCUCGGAGCUGCGCUGCCUGAGGACUUCUCCGUGCCAGGAGUCGGGUCGGAUAGCGCUUGGGGCACAUACGGACUUUGGGUCACUUUCGGCGGUCUUCAACAGGCUUGGCGGUUUGCAAAUCCUUUGUCCAACGGACGGCACAUGGAAAUAUGUCAAGCCUUUACCGGGACAUAUCAUAUGCAACGUCGGGGAUGCAUUGGAGUUCUUUAGCGGUGGCCUCCUCCGAUCGAGCGUGCAUCGAGUCCUCCCUCCCCCGGGUCUACAGGCGCAACACGAGCGCUGGUCCAUCGUGUAUUUCACGAGGCCCGCUGAUGACGUCGAGCUCAGGCCUCUCGCGGAAGAGAGCAGCUUGAUCGCUGGUGCGGCCAAGGCUGCGUCUGGCAGCGAGAAACUGUCUCCUGGGUUUACUGCCGGAGAGUGGUACGCUAAGAAGACCGCGAAGUAUCUCGCCAGGGAGCAUUCUCUGCCCACAUGA